AUGAGCGAGUUCGAGAUUCGAAGGGUUGAAGCGCGUGAUCUCAAAAGAUAUAAAGAACUAUGCGAUGGAGAAGCUUGGAACAUAGGAAUGGAUAUUUUCGAGAAGAUGCUGGAAAGUACUCCAAAUGGAUUCUGGUGCGCCGAGGAAUUGUCGUCAAAGCACUUGAUAUCGUUUUGUGGUGCAGUAGAUAUCGGAAAUAAAAAAGCUAUUAUCAGUACAUUUGUCACUGAUCCGAAAAGGCGUGGAAAGGGGAUCGGUUCCAAGGUGCUGAAGAAGAUUAUGGAGGUGUUUGAGGGAUAUGAAAUGAUUGUCAAUGCUGCUGAUGGUCGUGAACCACUUUAUGCUCGUUUUGGCAUGCCGCAUUGGAUGUAUCAAGUUCUUCAAAUAAUCUGCGAGCCCAAGGAAAUACGGAAGAGCAAUGCGUCGUCCAUUAUCGUCUCUGAGCUGGGAAAUAUCGAGGAAAUAUUAGAUUAUGAUCGCGCCGUAGCAAAAGAAGACAGACGGAAUAGUCUUCCAUGGUUUCACGAAACCUCCUUAUCAUCACUUGUAGCUCGGGAAAAUUGUCGGGUAUGCGUUUUUACGAAAAGUCGAGUUUGGAAUCAGCUUUCAGCCUUUCUAUGCUCAGAAUCGAGAAGCUUACCUAGCGAUCUUGGAAAGGAGCCUGGAGAUGUUUCCAAAAGAAAAAGCUCAGUUCAUCGUCCCUCGAAACAACACUGA